AUGAAAGAGUCUGUGAACUCAUAUGUAUUUCAUCAUUGUGUAACCAUCCCUACUAUUCGAAAAGGUGGUCCACGAAACAAUACAAAGACAUAUUCAACAGUAGAUGACGCAGAAAAUCAUUUAUCACCGCAGCACUUUUGUCUGCCCCACACAUUAUUCAAUAGAUCAUUUCUUGUAGCUGUCAUACUACUUGAACUGGGUUUUGGCUCAAUCCCAAUGGCAACUUCCUUGGAUACUUCAUCGACGUACUCAGGCAUUCUAUCAUCGAGUAGUCCAUGUUUUGUUCGACCUAGUGGUAGCGGAACAGUCUACUAUUAUCAAGCGAUUCAAGUGACAGUUUUCGCGUGGGGCAUGCACACCUUCUCAAGCAGUAGCUUAAUGGAUACUUUCAGUUGUUUGUACAAUGAAACAUUUUUUCCAGAUCGUUCUUCUCAGAAUUUGAUCGAAAGCGAUGAUGACAGCAAUGGUGCUCAUCAAUUUCGUAUUAGGCUUAAUCUUCAGCCGGGACGCGCAUAUAUUUUGGUUGUAACAACGUUUAGUGAGAUUGUUACAGGAAGUUUCCAAAUCACAGCGACCGGCCCAAUGCAACCUGUUUUAAGUUCAGCUCAGCCAAUAACAAAGUGUUCAUCCACGAAUGACUCAGACGAGCGCACUGGCCAACUGCAUGGAAAUUUCGGCUCGAUCGGGCUUAUCAAACGGACGACGGCUUCAUAUGUUCUUUCAUCAAGUAGUCCAGAAUUUGCCAGACCUUACGCUUAUGAUUACAACAACGUUCCUUAUCAAGCGAUUCUGGUGACGGUUUCCAUGACUGGCAUGUAUACCUUCAAAAGUAGCAGCUCAAUAGACACCUCUGGUUAUUUAUACAAUGAGCCUUUCAAUUCAUCAGACAGUUAUCGGAAUUUGAUCAUAUCUGAUGAUGACAGUGGCGGUAAUCUACAGUUUCAAAUCAAUGCCUCUUUGCAGUCGAGUCACAGUUAUGUUUUGGUUGUGACACCGUAUAGAAAAGCUGUUACAGGAAGGUUCUUGAUUGAAGCGGCUGGUCCAGAACGGCUUGAGCUGACCACAUACAGACACAGUGCAGGUCCAUAUUCGUGCGGCAACAAAUUAACAUGCAAAGCUGGUGGUUUAUUGAAGAUAAUAAAAAGUAUGGUUAUUAGUGCUGGCUGUGUUGGGUUGUUGAUUGGAGUUUUUUGUUGUCGUCCUUGUACAAACAAACGAAAAAGGACUCUUAGGCAACAACUUAGUCUAUUGAGACAGAACCCAAUUUCACAAGCAAAUAGUAUUCCGUUGAGAAAUGUUUCCAUAAAUACAGGAAGAACAAAUGAAAUUGAUCGACCUUAUACAAUUUCAAUAUCCACAGUGGCUGCCACUUAUGCCGAACAGCCUCCUCCAACAUAUGAGGCUGCUGUGCUAUCUUCACAGCGUUAA